GUGGCGGUGGGCUGGUCUUCCGCGGCGGGCUGGUCUUCCGCGGCGGAGGGCUGGUCUCCGGCGGCCGGCGUUGCGCCGCGGCGGAGGGUGGGCGCGCGGGGAGUGGGAUGGAGCCGGGGCUGUGAGGCCGAGGUGGCGGUGCCUGGGAGGAAGGGUCGGAUGCCGGACCGGGGGCACCGCUGAGGCGGUGGGUCCCCGACCUGCGAGACAGGUUUGGAAGCCCCCGCUGCGCCCAGUCCCUGCGGACCGCGAGGCCGCGGGCGGGUGGAGGCGCGUCUCGGGCACGGUGAGUGGACCCGCCCAGGGCCGCCGUGGGUUUCUUUGUUCGUGGUGGGGACUGUGGGCUUUGAGGAGGUUGGUACCAUGCGAGUGCCUCGGUGCUGCCUGCUCCUCAUCCGCUGGAGCGACCAGGGUGCUGCCCUCAGCCCCAGCCCCGGGGGGAGCUGGCGCCCGCGAUGGACAGAUAGAUGCUGGUGGGGUGGACGGAGGUUGCGACUAGGUUAAGGGCAGUCUCCGCCUCGGUGCCCCCCGCCCCCGCUCGUGUUGUCACGGGGACUUGCUGGCGUGGUGCUUCUCGAAUUGACAGCCCCGGGGCUCUGCAGAGUUGCGGGGCCCCGGCAUCAGUGGGUGGACGGGUGUUGUCCGUACGGGCGCGGGGUGGGCUGGACUGGACUUCUCUCCCCGGACCGUAGCCGGGUGUGCCGCGCCACCCCACGGCUCCUGGGACGGGGGUAUCCGCCUCUCGGAUGAAGGAUUUGGGGGCAGAGCACUUGGCAGGUCAUGAAGGGGUCCAGCUCCUCGGAUUGUUGAACGUCUACCUGGAACAAGAAGAGAGAUUCCAACCUCGAGAAAAAGGGCUGAGUUUGAUUGAGGCUACCCCGGAGAAUGAUAACACUUUGUGUCCAGGAUUGAGAAAUGCCAAAGCUGAAGAUUUAAGGAGUUUAGCCAACUUUUUUGGAUCUUGCACUGAAACUUUUGUCCUGGCUGUCAAUAUUUUGGACAGGUUCUUGGCUCUUAUGAAGGUGAAACCUAAACAUUUGUCUUGCAUUGGAGUCUGUUCUUUUUUGCUGGCUGCUAGAAUAGUUGAAGAAGACUGCAAUAUUCCAUCCACUCAUGAUGUGAUCCGGAUCAGUCAAUGUAAAUGUACUGCUUCUGACAUAAAACGGAUGGAAAAAAUAAUUUCAGAAAAAUUGCGCUAUGAAUUGGAAGCUACUACUGCCUUAAACUUUUUGCACUUAUACCAUACUAUUAUACUUUGUCAUACUUCAGAAAGGAAAGAAAUACUGAGCCUUGAUAAACUAGAAGCUCAGCUGAAAGCUUGCAACUGCCGACUCAUCUUUUCAAAAGCAAAACCAUCUGUAUUAGCUUUGUGCCUUCUCAAUUUGGAAGUGGAAACUUUGAAAUCUGUUGAAUUACUGGAAAUUCUCUUGCUAGUUAAAAAACAUUCCAAGAUUAAUGACACUGAGUUCUUCUACUGGAGAGAGUUGGUUUCUAAAUGCCUAGCCGAGUAUUCUUCUCCUGAAUGUUGCAAACCAGAUCUUAAGAAGUUGGUUUGGAUCGUUUCAAGGCGCACAGCCCAGAACCUCCACAACAGCUACUAUAGUGUUCCUGAGCUGCCAACGAUACCUGAGGGGGGUUGUUUUGAUGAAAGUGAAAGUGAGGACUCUUGUGAAGAUAUGAGUUGUGGAGAGGAGAGUCUCAGCAGCUCUCCUCCCAGUGAUCAAGAGUGCACCUUCUUUUUCAACUUCAAAGUGGCACAAACACUGUGCUUUCCAUCUUAGAAAUCUGAUUGUUCUGUCAGAAUUUAUAUUUACAGGUUUCAGAGCAAUAAAUGGGGGAAUAGGUAGUUUCCUGGUUUAGCCCCCAUCUAGUCAGGAAUUAAAUAUACUGGAAUACCUACCUUCUAUUUGUUAUUCAGAUCAGAUCUGGCCUAUUUUCAUAUUUAUACUAAGCCAUCAAAUGGGGUAGUGCCUCUUAAACCAUUAACAGUACUUUAGACAUUGGCACUUUAUUUUUCUCGUAGAUCUUUAGCUACUUUGGGGAGGAGGGAAGGUGCUGAUACCUUCAAUUUGUUACUUUUCAAGAUUUUUAAAAAUAACUAGUGUAGCUUAGCUUAAACAUUUUAUAAAACCUUCAGACGUCUUUAUUUAAGCAGACUGGAAGUAUGCAAGUACUUCCUUAGCAGGGACAGUGGAUAAUCCUUAAUGGUUUAUCAUAGAUUUCACCCUCCCCCCUUCUCAGAAGAGUGAAUAUGCUCUUAAAUGUCAAACACAUUUUUGUUGUUUUGUUUUUAAAUGAUCAGUGUCUAUUUGAUGUGAUGCAGAUCUUAUAAAUUUGGGAAUUAUAAUAUUGACAUUUCUGUGAUUUUUAUAUAUGUAAUGUCUUAAUUGAGAUUUCUGCUAAGGCAGAAAUAAUUAGGCUAGGGCUCUUAGUUUUCAUUCCUAUUGCCCAAGUAUUGUCAAACUAUGGUAUUAUUUUAAUGUUACUUUAAAAAUCCAUAAUCUGCUAGUUUUGCAUGUACUUAAAUGAAAACAGUGCAGUAAGUUGAAAACUCAGUAUCUAUGGAAUUGAUAAAUGUUGAUCUUGUGUAGUAUAUUUUAUCUCAUUUUCUUAUAUUAAAAAAUGUCUGCAUGAUUACAUUUUAUUUCCUUUGUAAUUUACAUUUCAAAAUAGUGUAUUGCUAUAUGGGUGCCAAGAUUGGAUAUGAAGAACCCGAGUGUUUGUAGUAUUAUAGUUUUAAGAAAAUCUGUGUGGUGAUACAGCCAUAAGAAUGGGGCUUAUAUAAACUCUGUACAUGUAAGAUUUUGUACAGAGAAUUUUUAACUUUAUAAAUUGUAUAUGAACAUGUAAAUCUUUUAAAAUGUACAUAAAAUACUGUAUUUUUUUACCUUGUGUGUGAUAGUCUAGUCAUUGCAUGUAAAUAUAAUUUAUUAUGUAUUCUGUAGUAUAAAUCAUACAUUGAUGACUUACAUUUUUACUGGUAAGUCAACAUCCGUUGGAUGUUUUCUGAAGUGGCUCUUUUUGAAGUGAUAAUAGAUUGUAAUUCAAAAUAAAAUUAUUAAUGAAUUCUC